UGUCCUCUAUGUACCAGAAAAAAAAAAGUGUUAACAUGAAUUCUCAACUUCCUAGGAGGAUAUAUUGCUAAAUGCUAAUGCUAAUCACUAACAACCACCCCAGCACAGAUUCCCUUUAUCUCUUGGACUAAACACCCCAAUGUUGCUGUGCCAUGUGAGGAAGUUAUUAAGUCUCAAAAAGGCUAAUUAUUAGCCUGAAGCAGACAGCGAUCUUCAUCUCCACCCCACACUUCAGUAAACUGCUCUCUUCAGUGUGUGUUCAGCAUGAAUAUUAGCCAUGAAAGUGUGAGUCUGAGCUGGGAACUAACACGGGUCUUAGCUCCCACUCUGGACGCGAUAGUCAUGCUGAUCGGGCUGGUGGGACACUCGCUGGUCAUCUAUGUCCUGACCGGACGGAGGAGGAAAAAUGGAUUCCAGUCUCUUCAAGGGACAGAUACAUUACUUUUAGCUUUGAGUGCUUCGGAUCUCCUGCUGCUCAUUUGCCUGCCCUUCCACACCGCCGCUAUAGCACUGGGGUACUGGCCCUUCAGCAGCAUCCUAUGCAAAGUCAUCAGCUUCCUGGGAGUGACCUGUAACUCGGUGAGUGUAUUCACUCUAGCUGCAUUAGCGGUAACACGCUACCUGAUUGUGGUGUACCCCGCUUGGACGUAUCGUUUCCGAAUGCGCCGCUGGCUGCGUGUCACUGUGAUUCUCAUGUGGGUGCUAGCCGUCGCUCUCGCAGCACCUCAGUUCGCUUUCCGCCAAUUAAGGACUGCGCCCAUCCUCUGCUUCGCGUUUCUAUCAGACCUCAGCCAGCUGGUUUACAGUGCCAUCCUGUUCCUGUUCGGCUUUGCUUUCCCUCUGAUCAUCAUCGUCGUCAUGUACGCCAAACUCUACAGCUUCCUGCGAAUCACACGACUGCAGGGUACCGCAUCACAACUGGAACGCUACCAGAACCAGGUGACCAAGACGUCGAUCCUGUUGGUCUUAGUCUUUACUAUUUGCUGGCUGCCAUCCUACGUUCUCAUGUUCGUACUCAUUGCUACCGAUAACAGCAGUAUACACACACAUAAGCUGAACUUCGCCAUGGUCGCCCGGCUGCUAGCGAGUUCCUCGGCUGUGGCCAAUCCACUGCUCUAUGCUUUCAUGUCAAACAAAUUUCGUAGAGAGCUGCUGACAUUGGGACGAGUGUGCUGCAAAGGUUGCGGGUGCGUUAUGUGUCCAGGAAGCGCUAUAGUUGAGCCCUUUAACCCUGCGGAGCUGGACACCCCCACCCAACCAGGAGGAUAUAACAAUUAAUGGGCUUUUGCUGUAAAAGGCAAAAGCAGUAAUGGGACUAAAUAUAAUUAUGAGAUAAAGACAAUAAAUAUUAGACAUAUGUUUGAACUGCAUUGAUUUGUUCUGCCAGGUAUAGAGCCAACCUGUGAACACAAUUUUAUGUAAUCGUUAUGUGAACAUAUAUCAUAUAAUGUUAAGAAAUGUACACGAGUGACAAUGUCAGACUUUUAAUGAUGAAAAUAUCCAUGCUUGCUUUCUUUACCGAUUCAUUAUAUGGCUUGUCAGGAAGAAACUGUCUACAACAAAAGCAACACAAACUUCGAACGAAAGGCUUUGCUUUUGGUGUAUUUUUUCAAUGCUUGCAAUUUUUACUAAAUGUUACUUGUUUUUUCUGUAGUAGCAUGAAGUAGUAAGAGCACAUUUUCAGGCUCCACUGGCAUCUGUCUAACCAUCUAAAAUAAAUGGAAAAAAAGGUCACUAAUCUAUUUGGUACGUAAAUAUGUUCCAAAAAAUUCCAAAUAUUUCUAAAUAAUGACCAUGUGCAUAUUAAAUUGGUAGAAAUAUACAUAUACACAUCAUAU